AUGCAGGAUCUGCGCGCUGCUGCUACACGAUUAUCCAGCAAGCGAAGUUUUGAGCGCGUUGCUGAUAGGACCCUAUCGAUAGAGUCAGACGUGCCCGUGUUUCGGUCGGCGCCACGUAUCGUACGAGAAUUCACCACAGCCUAUCAUGCCGUGUGCGUCAAGAUGCACGCGUUGGCGGUCACUCCUGAGGUGUGGUUUACAAGGUCGAAUGACCUCCAAAGGGGACUUGCGGGCCUUGCCGCUGCCUACCGGGCGGCUAUAGCCCGAGAGACCGAUCCCGAUCGGCUGGGUGGCUGGACACGGAUAUCCUGCUUCGCGGCAUGA